CGGGCACCGCCGGGUAGUUUCACCGAGAGGGGAAGUCAAAGCAGGAUAUGUCGGGGUAUUUCACCCUUCCGACAACCCUCUAGGUAACCUCAAGUACGUUGUUUUACUCUAUUUCGUAGGCAUCGGCAUAUCCCGAGAAUUAAUCAUGAGUGGCGACAUGAUACAGCCGGCUGGCGUACAGCCAAAGACGGAGAUCAAGAUCGAGGAUAUCUUUGAGCCUCACGUCUUAGAAAAAUAUGAUCCGGACGUCGUGGAAUACGUCUUAGAGACCAAUAAAGCCGGCGUGCCAGCAGCGCAUGAAUGGCGCAUCGAGAAUAUUCGUGCCGACCCUGCGAGGUUUGCACCACCGUGGUCCAAAGACGUCACUGGCUUCGAGAGAGUUUCCGAUGGAGAGGUCACAUCUCACGACGGUGCUAAGAUCCCAAUCAAGAUCUACCAUCCCGACCCUGCACAGUUCGGCGAUGGGCCGUAUGGGUUACACCUGAACUUCCACGGUGGUGGCUUCGUCCUGGGUGACUUGACCACCGAGUCCCAGUUGUGCUUGAGCAUGCGCGAUGGCGCAGGCGUCGUUGUGAUUGACACGAACUAUCGGCAUUGCCCUGAAGCUACUUGGGGGAAAGGUAUUGAGGAUGCCUUUUCCACGUUGGUAUGGGCUCGAGAGUCGGCAUCCUCUCUUAACAUAAAACCGGAUUCGAUUUCGAUCGGCGGCAUCUCAGCAGGGGCGCAUAUCUCCCUCGUCCUACAACAUAUGGCGCGAGACAGCGGGAUUCCGCUUAAAUUAUGCUUGGCAACCGUACCCCCUUCAGAAGAGACAAUGUUAUAUAAGAGCCCCGCCGAGUCUCCUUUUCCAUCUUUCACCGAAUACGCUAAUGGGCCAAUCUUACCUUGGGCACGAAUCGGUUUCUUCGGAGAGCAAUGCUUUCCUGAUGACAAAAGGGUAGAAAUCCGCGCCAAAGUGCCUGAAUGGUGGAUUUCCCCCAUCAGAGCAAAAAAUUGGGCCGGCCUAUGUGAUACGUUCAUAAGGACGGGAGAAUGCGACCCGCUUCGAGACGAAGGUGAGGCAUAUGGGUUCAGGCUAGUACAAGGUGGAGCAAAAGUCACGAUCAAGAGAUACAUAGGAUCACCACACACCUUCGCGUACUUCGGCUGGUUCAAGAAAAAGCAUGAGUAUGACUUGGAAACGAUUUCAGCCUUGGUACAGGCCCACGGGAAACAGUAAAGGAUUCUAUAUGUGCAAUAUAUGAAGGGUACAUAAGGGUACAUAAGGGUAUAUAACAGGUAUAGUACAAUUG